CUCUGCUGGAAUACAGCAUAAAAUGAAGAAUAACCUAGCAACAUUUUACAAAACAAUGCUGUUCAAAAAAAAGUUGACUGACAAAGAGAAAUUUUUGCUCUUCGGAAUGGAAUAUUUAACGAUAAGUUAGUAAAUGGAUUUAGAAAGCUUAUCUUCUCACCAACUUAUCAAUAACACUGAAAUUCUGAAUUUUACCUGUCCACAAGGAGAGUUCCCUAAAGAGAUAACUAGAUGGUUUAAAAGCUUACUGUAUACAGUGUACGCGUUAACAUUUUUUAUUGGUUUUAUAGGUAAUGUACUAGUCUGUGUAGUUAUCAAACAACAUACAAGAAAGAGAAUUAUACAUUUGCUAACUUUUAACUUGGCUAUAUGUGACUUAAUUGUAUUACUUGUGUACUUACCUAUGGAAACGUAUCAACUUUACAACAAAUUGGAUUGGGGGCUUGGAAAAGUAAUGUGCCAAAUUUUAUAUCCUGUAAAUUCGUGUACUGUAAAUGCAUCAAUAUACACACUGGUUGUUAUUACCAGAGAUAGAUACAUUGCUGUCAAACAGCCAAUGGCAGCCAGACAACGUCAAGUCUCUUCUAUUAAUCGUUGGAUAUUUGGCAUAUGGGUAUUUUCUUUUGCAUUAACAUUACCGUUGCUUUUUGUAGUAAAUAUAGUUGAAGACAAUAGUGUGUCAAAAAAAUAUUGCACCGAAAACUGGCCUAAUCCGAAGUUGGAAAACGUCUAUUGGUUUACAAUAUUUGCAAUACAGUUUGUCGUACCACUAGGGUUUAUUGUUUUAACAUAUUUCCUAAUAAUAUUUCAUUUGCAAUCCCAAAACGCAUCGUGUACAUACCAAAAUUUGUUAGCAAGAGAUUCAGAAAACGCAAAGAUUGGAGAACGACUGUUAAGUAACGUCACUCCAGCUUUUAAAAAAGCAGAAAUAAAACUUAAAAAGUUAAGAGAAAAUGGUUCAGGAAUAAACUGCAUGGAGCUACGAAGAAAAAGGCAGUUGAAUAAAAUUCUAAAGAUGAUUUUCAUAUGGGUACUUGUGUAUUGUAUAUGUGUUUUGCCUCAACAUACAGUAUACUUUGCAAAAUUUUUUAAUGACUUUGCAUGCUACAAAUAUUCUAAUUAUGUUUCUUUAAUCACUAAUUAUUUUAUGAUUGUUAACAGCUCCAUUAAUCCAAUUAUAUACGGAGUUUUAAAUGAUGAAAUCAAAAAAGGCGCUAAAAAAUUAUUACUAUGCAGAGAUUUUAGUAAACAUUUUCGUCGUCUUCUUGUACCGCUAGAUAAAAGAUUUUGGUUGAUUUGUAUUCGCUCAAAAACUUUGAAUUCUAAUAACCAUAGCAAUAAAACAUAAAAUUUAUAAAA